GCAACAUCUGCUGAACUGUGAGAACUGACAAGAAACAGAGAAAUGCUGUUUAGAUCAGAGGUCAAACAGCCUUUAGUUUCCGGAGCGUGAAACUCACACAGUCACUUCAGAGAGGAGACAUGGCAGGGAAAGACGUUCAGCUGGACCAAGAAACAAUCUCCUGUUCCAUCUGUCUGGAUCUACUGAAGGAUCCGGUGACCAUUCCCUGUGGACACAGUUACUGCAUGAACUGUAUUAAAACCCACUGGGAUGGAGAGGAUCAGAGGGGAACACACAGCUGUCCCCAGUGCAGGAAAACCUUCAAUCCGAGACCCGUCCUGAUGAAAAACACCAUGUUGGCCUUUUUGGUGGAGGAGCUGAAGAAAACCGGACUCAAAUCUGCUCCGGACGAUCUCUGCUACGCCGGACCUGAAGACGUUGGCUGUGACGUCUGCACUGGGAGGAAGGUGAAAGCUGUCCAGUCCUGUCUGGUCUGUCUGGCCUCUUAUUGUGAGAAACAUCUCCAACCUCACUACCACGCUCCACCCUUAAAGAAACACAAGCUGGUGGAUCCAGUUUCGGGAGAAUAUCUGCUCCAGGAGAACAUCUGCUCUCUCCACGAUGAGGUGAUGAAGUUCUUCUGUAGUACUGAUCAGAAGAGGAUCUGUUAUCUGUGUUCGAUGCACGAACAUAGAGGUCACGUGACGGCUCCGGUCUUAGCAGAGAGAUCCGAGAAGGAGAAGGAGCUGGAGGUGAGUCGACGACAAAUCCAGCAGAGAAUCCAGGACCGAGAGAAAGACGUGGAGCUGCUUCAGCAGGAGGUGGAGGACAUCAACGUCUCUGCUGAUAAAGCAGUGGAGGACAGUGAGAAGAGCUUCAACGAGGUGGUCAGUCUUCUCCAGAAAAGAAGCUCCGAUGUGAAGCAGCAGGUCAGAUCCCAGCAGGAACACGAAGUGAGUCGAGUCAAAGAUCUUCAGGAGAAACUGCAGCAGGAGAUCACUGACCUGAAGAGGAUUGACGCUGAGUUGGGGCUCACGAACACGGAGAACCACCACCAGUUCCUCCACAACGACCCCUCGCCGUCGUCCACCAGCAUCCAGACUCGUCCUCUCAGGUACUUUGAGGACGUGACAGCAGCUGUGUCAGAGACCAAAAAGAGAAUACUGGACCUUCUGAGAGAGACGUGGACAAAGAUCUCACUGUCAGUGGCUGAAGUGGAUGUUUUAUUGCCGGGACCAGAACCAAAGACCAGAGCCGGAUUCUUGAAUCAUUCACGAGACAUCACUCUGGACCCAAACACAACUAACACUCAUCUAUUACUAUCUAACGGGAACAGAAAAGUGACGGUAAUGAGAGAAAAACAGUCUCACCCCAGCCACCCGGACAGAUUCACGUCUUGGUGGCAGGUCCUGAGUCUGCAGAGUCUGACCGAACGCUGUUACUUCGAGAUGGAGUGGAAAGGUGACGGAAUUUGCAUAGCGGUCGCGUACAAGGACAUCAGCAGGGCGGGAAACUCGGACGACUGCAGAUUCGGAUCCAACGACAAGUCCUGGGCAUUGCGUUGCGAUCGAAACAAGUACUCGUUCUGGUACAACAAUGUGGACACUCCCGUCUCGGGACCUCCGUCCUCCAGAUUUGGAGUUUACGUGGACCACAGAGCGGGUGUUUUAUCUUUCUACAGCGUCUCUAAAACCCUGACUCUUCUCCACAGAGUCCAGACCUCGUUCACUCAGCCGCUCUGCGUCGGAGUCCGACUCACGUACUAUGGAGUCACUGCAAAGUUCAUUAAGCUGAAAUAGACUGAAGUUAUUUCAGGUACGGCUAUGUUUUAUUUCCCAGGUUAUUUAAUGUAUAUCAUUGUUGCUGGGAACUCACUUUUAUGACUAAAAUACUGAAUACUGCAUGAUCAAUAAAGAUGAUAAAAGAUGA